AUCUUUAUUGGCUGUGGACAGUGGACUGUGGUCUGUGGUCAUUAGUCUGUAUUUAUUAUUUUAAUUUUUAAUAUUUUAUAUACAUUUGAAAGCAAACUUCGUAAACAAUUUUUAUUUUAUUCAUUAAGUGCAAUCUUUAUUUUUCAUUGUAUUUAAGUUAAUUCGAACUAUAUUUCUUACUUAUUGUGCUUUAAACCAGUGCGAGCUUGUAUGCAAAAAGAUUUGGACGAUCGAGGGACACGUGCACAGUAUUUGUGAAGGGCAGAAAACAGCGAAUACACGAACAUACCAUAUGAUAUGCCUACACCGGGCUACACCAUAAUAAUAUACGAUUUAUUAUCUAUAUUAUAUCCGUCCUAAAUAGUAAAUAAACUGCAGACCCAUAUCGAUCGAGAGUCCGAAACCAGUGUUCGUUGAACUAUUACGUGCGUAGGUGAAUAAGAGAAAGAAGUACUAUACUAAAACAAAACGGUAAGAAAUUAUAAAAAAAAUAUGUCGUCAUCAUCGUCGCAGUCGCAAUCGGGAGAGCAACGGGUGGCCAAGUUCGAGACGUUCAUCAACGACGUGCUCAAAGACAGCCUAAAACAGAUCUCGGCCGCACUGGAUGUGAUCAACGACCAGAUUUCUGAAUUGGAAGACGUGCGCAACACCGUAGACACAAUGAGCCAGCUGGCUGGCGAACUUCCGGCCGGCAAGCCCUUGAAGACCCGUGUCAAUGUGGGGUGCGACUUCUUCAUGCAGGCCAACGCGGACGUCCGGACGUUCUUGGUGUGCGUGGGGCUGGGAUGUUAUGUCGAGUACACCAGGGACGAGACCCUGGCUCAUGUCCGUGUCCGGACCAAAUUGCUCAAGGAGCGGGCGGACGAUCUCCGGGACCAGGGGGCCCGAGUCCGAGCUCAAAUCACCCUGGCCCUGCACUGCAUACAGGCAGAGCAAGGCUUAUUAUAGUGCAGGUCAUAUCAUAAAAGACUGCAUUUGCAUUGCACAUGCACAAUAUGUAUCCUCCAUGAAUUCACAAACUGAGCGAGCAUGCAUAUGAACGGAGCUAUGAUAUAAUUGUCGUUUCGUUUUAUUUUUCAAAUAUCAUUCUAAUAAAACAGUGAACACGAAUAUUGUAGGAAUACUUACUUUUUUUAUUAAAUAUAAUGUAUUUUUUGAAUUGUA